UUUGCAACCCAGUAAGCAAGGCUGCUGGUGCUGAACGCGCAUGGGUAGAUCACGAUAAUAUAGAAAAGCCUAGGUCGAUAUAUAAGAGUCAAUUCCCAGGCAAGCAUUAAAACAAGUGAGUGAUGUUCAAUCAGAACUAACUCUUCCAGGGUAGUUUUUUACCUGAUCCGAAAUAGUGUGAACCUUACCAUGGAUUCAGACCGUGAUAGCGGGUUGAUGUACUAUGUCGGGGGUCGAUGGUAUAAGGGAGGCACGACCAAACCCCCUCCCGAACCUUACCACCCCAGGAGUCAUAAUGCAUGGCAUUAUGAAUCAUCACCUCCAUCAAAUGAUCAUCGGAAAGACCGUUCUUUUCCAUAUCACAACCAGAAUGACCGCGUCGCACCCGAAAGGGUUUACGAAAACUACCAACCGUAUCAAAAUGGUCACAUCGGUUCAAGUGACUGGUCAAUCAACGGUCAUGCGACAGCUAUCCCCUCUCAAGCUCAAUUCACUCACAGCAGUGAUACGGCAAGUGGCCUUGGGAGACGAAGGUUGCAUAGGACUUUAUUACCUACUGGAGGGGAAAAUGAAAAAAGAAAAAAGGAAAAGAAGGCUAAUGCACUUAAAGAACACGAUGAAGAACACGCGGAAGAAAGAAGGCAACGUCAGCGGGACAGAGAUCCAGUGUUAUACUGCAAAUUUGUGGCCAACUACCCCAAAUCUGCUUUCUGUAUAACAUUCGGGUUCCACAUUGCCUUUGUGGUGGUGACGGGGAUAUUAAUGGCUGCUAGAUAUGACAUAUUCCCCGUUGAGUUCCUUUCCUUCCCAAUGAACCUCAAUGAAGACCCCACACGUUUGCGAGAUUUGGCGUGGCGCCUCAGAAACAACGAGACUGGGCGGAUCCGCAGAGUAACUACGGAUACUGUGCGAACAUUUUGGAAUAGAAGCGCCACUGUUGACAGUGUAAUUUUGUACUAUGAAAUUCCCGACGGAAAUGUAUUCACAAAAGAUAUACUUCAAGAGAUGAAGAUGUUGGAGGAUGACAUUUACAAUAUACCUGCAUAUCAGAACUCAUUUUGCCAACUGGAUUUUAACAGAACAUGCAUAAAACCAAGGUCUAUCCUUCGCUACUUUGACGGCAGUUUGGCACACAUCAGUAGCAAGUUUAAUGAUCCUACUUUUGGCAACAUUCCUACUGUUUUGUUUGAAGCUCAAAACAAUACGUUAACCAGAGUUGAGUUUCAGUAUUUUCUAGGCAUCGACUACGAGGUUAACCCGAACACUGUCCGUUCUAAGAUAACUCGAAGUUCUUUACCGAUGGGUUAUCCACUGGAAACCGGAGGCGAGAGAGACGAACAACGCAAGGAAAUCGAAACCUUUCUCGUGAACGACAUCGUGCCAAAAUUAAAAGACUCACAGAAAUCACGACCAAAAGGCCUGUCGUUAUUCUACUACAGCUUUCUUAUUUUCAGAAAUGACAUUUUGAGUCAAGUGGUUUGGGACAUGGUCCUGGCUGUUGGCAGUUUCGCUUUCAUUUUCUGUUUCAUUUGGUUUCAAACCAGAUCGCUAUGGAUCACGGGUUGGGCGGUUUUGACGAUCGUGACAGGGUUUUGUGGGGCAAAUCUGAUUUAUCGUAUUGUCGCAGACUUCAGAUACUUUGGAUUUUUCCAUAUUUUGGCAAUAUACAUAAUUCUAGGAAUUGGAGCUGACGAUGUCUUUGUAUUCUACGACACAUGGCGGGAGACUGCGCAGAAUAAGUACAUCAGUUUAGCGCACCGACUCUCAGACUGUUACCGUAGAGCAGCGGGCACAAUGCUAGUAACCUCUCUUACGACAAUGGCAGCGUUCCUUGCCAGCUCCGUUUCACCGCUUUUACCUAUCAGAAGCUUCGGGGUAUUUGCAGGAAUUAUGAUAGGUGUUAACUAUCUAACGGUCAUAACUUUCCUUCCAGCAGUUGUUGUCAUUUAUCACAUUUAUUUCAAAAAGUACUGCUGUUGUUGCUGCGCAGCUAAAAAGGAACGACCGGACACAAAUACAGGGUUUGACUAUAGCGUUCACAAUAAUCAUCGCGAAAAAGAUGUUUAUAGCUCGACGAAGACGGGAAAGAAGAAAGUUAAAGAAAACAUCGUUGUGAGGUUCUUUAGUGGGCCUUUUUAUCGAUUUGCAACUCACAAGGUAGCUCGUUGGAUUAUCGUGGUGUUGUUUCUAGGGAUUUUUGCAGUUGGACUUUAUUUUGUGACCACCCUUGAGGCUGAAGAAGAACAGUUGUCACUGUAUAGACCAGGCACAAACAUUGCAAAUGCACUGGAUAGAGAAGCCAAGGCGUUUGUCCCAGCGGACAGUGACAGGUUUGCCACGGUGUAUAUAGUAUGGGGAUUGAAGCAGCGGGACCUCAGUGAAUGCCACGGAUCCGAUAUAGACUGUACAGGGAAGGCGGUCUGGGACAAUUCCUUCGAUUUGAACACACCAUCGGCUCAGCUGGCUCUUAAGAACUUUUGCAACCGUUUAAGAAACCUUACUGAUGCAGAAAUUGAUAGGUUGAAGAUUCGGCGAGAUUUACUUACAUUACAAGCACAAGUUAACUGCUUCAUGGACAACUUACAGGUCUUCCUUGAGAAUGAGGAAAAUAAGACCAUGAAUGGGACAGCGAUUUAUCCAAACGACCUGCAGCUUUCAUUACCUCUCACUGAACGGAAGAUGGCGCGUUUCAUGGGAGUACAUUCAUAUUUGUACAACUCGGUCCCAGAGACGUUCCAUAGAUACUUUGAGAUUGGGUUAUCUUACUGGCUGAGUGCUGGUUACCGCCUUACAAAGACGGCAGAUUUCGAUGCAUACGACACUCUGUUAGGUGAAUGGAAUGAUGAUGGUUUUACUCAAAACAUCAAAACUAUUCCAGGUGUCAAGUAUGGCACGAGACUGAGGUACGCUGCGAUAACAGUGAACCUAACCCUGAACCCUCGAGUUACUGGCUACGUGACUGGACUGCCCGUCAUGGACGCCUGGGAAAAUUUUGUGAACGAUGAGGUUUCCAGGAUGCCGACUCCGCUGCAGGGUGGAUUUCAGUGCACAAGAAAUACUUGGCAUUUCCUCAAAGUACAAGAGAAUCUGGCAAACACAGCCAUCACCGGGAUAGCCAUAGGGAUAGGCAUAGCGUUUCCCUUACUCGUGAUUGCCACAGGAAAUAUCAUCGUCGGCUUCCUGGCUACAUUGACAAUGUGCAUGGUGACCGUCUGUGUGGUGGGGAUGAUUCCCCUGCUGGGAUGGAAAUUGGGGGUUCUGAGUUCGUUAAACUUAUGCUUGGUGGUAGGCCUGGCUGUGGAUUACGUCGUCCACCUGGCAGAGGGUUACCACAUCUCUCCUCACGAGACGCGCAGCGGCCGCAUCAAGGACAUGUUACACCACGUGGGCAUUUCUGUCCUCUCUGGAGCCUGCACAACGCUGGGAGCGUCGGUUUUCAUGAUGUUCGCCACCAUCCAGUUUUACGUCCAGUUUGGCGUGUUCAUUUUCUCCGUUAUAGGAUUUUCCUGCUUGUUUGCACUGUUUUUCUUCACUGCAGCCCUUUCCAUUAUUGGACCCCAAGGUAGAUUUGGAUCGCUCGGCCCUGCUGUUGAUUGGUUUAAAGAUUUUUGUUUCCAGGAUGCCGACUCCGCUGCAGGGUGGAUUUCAGUGCACAAGAAAUACUUGGCAUUUCCUCAAAGUACAAGAGAAUCUGGCAAACACAGCCAUCACCGGGAUAGCCAUAGGGAUAGGCAUAGCGUUCCCCUUACUCGUGAUUGCCACAGGAAAUAUCAUCGUCGGCUUCCUGGCUACAUUGACAAUGUGCAUGGUGACUGUCUGUGUGGUGGGGAUGAUUCCCCUGCUGGGAUGGAAAUUGGGGGCCUGGCUGUGGAUUACGUCGUCCACCUGGCAGAGGGUUACCACAUCUCUCCUCACGAGACGCGCAGCGGCCGCAUCAAGGACAUGUUACACCACGUGGGCAUUUCUGUCCUCUCUGGAGCCUGCACAACGCUGGGAGCGUCGGUUUUCAUGAUGUUCGCCACCAUCCAGUUUUACGUCCAGUUUGGCGUGUUCAUUUUCUCCGUUAUAGGAUUUUCCUGCUUGUUUGCACUGUUUUUCUUCACUGCAGCCCUUUCCAUUAUUGGACCUCAAGACUACAAGCGCACCCCGUGGGCAGAGAGUAACAUCAAACGCAGUUAG